GAUCUUUUCUGCCAACGUUACCAAAUCUUUCUCUACGAUCUGAAAGGAAACUUUUCCCUGACAACAUAUAUCAGAGAAAAUCUCUUUGUUGAGUUUUGUGCGCAUACGUUAUGAAGAUAGUUCGUACCGGCGUAUUGAUCAGUUUGGUGCUUCAAGUGGAGGCUGUAUUCAACAAUUUUGUACAAUUGAAAUGUCCCGCAGAUUGUUCAAGAAUGUUGUGUGGCAAAUUAAAAAUCUUAAAAUCGCUCUGUCGUGCUGCUGGUACAGUGUACGAUACAUGCGGCUGUUGUCAAGUAUGCGCCAAAGCGGCUGACGAAAACUGUGGCGGCCAAGAAGGAAUUUAUGGUAAAUGUGGCCGUGGACUUUACUGUUUUCUACCAAAUCACAGAAUUCAAGAUAUGGGACGUUGUCGGCCUAUUCCGAAGCGGCCACCAUCACAAAGCUUUACUCUACAAAUCGAAAAUUCUGUGGAAGUCAAGUGUAAACCUCGUUGUUCUCAAGACUUUUGUUCAAAAUGGCCUGAUGCUGUUUGCUCAGCAACGGAUAAUGUGGUGAUCCGAAGAACAUGUCAGCAACCCUGUCAGCACACAGUGUGUCAAGCAUGUUAUUUUAAAACAAAACGUGAACCACCUUGUCCUAAAUGUGCCACCGAUGACUUUGGGUGUAUGAAAAGGUUUUCUAAAUGUGUACGCAAAGAUGCUUGCACACGGCACAAGUACCCGUGUGAACCCCAUCAGAAGAGGAAAAGUGAUGGUAGAUUCGUGUGUAAAGUACCAGCUUGUUUGACAUAAAGUUCGCGAGAAGAUAUUAGUAAAUUAGAAGAAGUAUUUAUUUUAUUUAACUAAGUUAUUUUAGCAAUGUAAUUACAAAUAUAUAUUAACAAUAGCGAUUA